AAAAUGUGUAUAGCAGUGUUUGUAUGGCAAGCGCACCCUCUCUACCCUCUUUUCAUGCUGCAAAACAGAGACGAGUAUCACAACAGGGCAACAAAGGAAGUGGGGUGGUGGUGGGAAGAUGGUGAGACAUUAGGAGGAAGAGAUGAAGUGGGUGGAGGAACAUGGUUGGGUUGUUCAAGAGGAGGACGUGUGGCUUUACUCACUAAUGUCUUGGAACUUCAUUCCCUUCCUGAGGCCAGAACCCGUGGAGACCUUCCUCUUCUUUUCUUACAAAGCAAAAAGAGUCCCAGAGAAUUUGCUCAACAGCUGGUGAAGGAAGGGCAUCAAUAUAACGGGUUUAACUUGAUAUUGGCAGACAUUUGUUCAAAGACCAUGGUUUACGUCUCAAACCGGCCCAAAGGAGAGCCCAUUGUCGUUCAAGAGGUUUCUCCGGGCAUUCAUGUCAUUUCCAACGCCAAGCUCGACUCUCCUUGGCAUAAGGCCGAGCGCUUGGAACAAACUUUCAAGGAAGAGCUUCGUGGAUACGGUGGAAGUGAAAUCCCUGCAAAAGAAAUGAUUGAGAAACUGAUGAGGGACAAAGUUAAAGCUGAACAGAGUGAAUUGCCUCAUAUAUGUGCUAUUGAUUGGGAGUUCAACCUCAGCUCUAUAUUUGUUCAAGUCGACACCCCACUGGGUCUUUAUGGGACUAGAAGUAGUGCUGCUUUGACUGUAAAAACAAAUGGAGAUGUAAACUUUUAUGAGACAACUCUUGACAAAGACACCUGGAAAGAAAAAACUGUCAAUUACCAGAUUCAGAAGCUCAACUCACAGUGAAACCAACAAGAAUAAUUACAUUUUUUUUUCCGAGGUCUUGUGCAAUCAAGUUCAAGAUUGCUCCUUAUAUGUGUGUGUGAAUAUCUUUUGGGUGGCUUGGUUGGUUCAUAAUUUAUGUGCAUGUGCAAUAAAGCUUGGCA